AUGGCUCAUCAACACCCAUAUCAUCUAGUAGAUCAAAGCCCAUGACCCCUAACGGGAGCAAUUAGAGGGCUAAUGAUGACUUCAGGAUUAGUACUAUGAUUUCACACCCAAAGAAUCGUUCUUUUAACUGUCGGUUUUCUCUUACUGGUAACCACCAUGAUAAACUGAUGACGGGACAUAGUUCGAGAAGCUACCUUCCAAGGUAGACACACCGCUAUAGUGGAGAAAGGACUACGGUACGGAAUGAUCUUGUUUAUUACAUCAGAAGUUUGCUUCUUUUUUGCCUUCUUCUGAGCCUUUUUCCAUAGAAGACUAGCCCCAUCCACGGAAAUAGGGCUAACGUGACCCCCCACAGGAAUAACUCCCCUAAACCCCUUUCUAGUUCCCCUUCUAAAAACCGCAGUACUAUUAUCCUCUGGUGUAACCAUUACAUGAUCGCACCACAGAAUUCUAGCAGGAAAUCGGACAGAAGCUAUACAAGCUCUAUUCCUAACAGUAACCCUAGGAAUCUAUUUUACAGUACUACAGGCAUGAGAAUAUAUAGACUCUCCCUUCACAAUAGCCGAUAGAGUUUAUGGCUCAACCUUCUUUGUGGCUACAGGGUUUCACGGACUACAUGUGAUCAUCGGGACAACCUUCCUGAUUGUCUGCCUAUUCCGACUAGCAGGCCACCACUUUUCAACCCAUCACCACUUUGGAUUCGAGGCUGCCGCAUGAUACUGGCACUUUGUAGACGUAGUCUGACUUUUCCUCUAUGUCUGUAUUUACUGAUGGGGCUCCUAA